UAAAUGCUACGGCUAAUAAAAAGACAAAAGUCGAGGACAUGUGUUUAAAAUACAAGAAGAAUUUAUAUAAUAAUCCAAACCCAAAUACGAAAACAUCAUAUUACAAACUUUAAAAAGCGAAACUGCACACUCUAUAAAUUUGGACCAAGCCCUAGAACUAAUUGCCAUUAAUCAAUUAUCUUUUCAUAUUCCAAAAAAAAUAUGGAAACUAAGUCUUUUAUGGUGGUUCUAAUGGUGGUUGGUUUGGUUAUAGGGCAGUCUCAUGCAAAUUUUGCAGAAUGCUACUCAAAAUGCUACAUGACAUGCAUAGUGAGUCCCGGCGGCACCAUAGAAUCCUGUGUUAAUAAGUGUCUCUCCAGCUGCACGCCUACUUCUAAUUUACUUGUAGAUUAUAAAUAUCAAACCCUUUCUUUCUGUAAACUUGGCUGUGCAACCUCUAUGUGCAUCAAUCUUAGCUCCAUCGGGGGAAAUAGAGGAGAACACUGUCUUGAUGUUUGCUCAAAGGAAUGCGCCAAGAAUUACUCACCCUAAUGCUAUACUACGAAUUAUAUUAAAUAAUAUUCAUAAAAAAAAUUAUAUCAAAUAAUGUAUGAAUAAAACAUUGAAAAAUGUUGUCGUUGUGUAAUUAUACAUAGAUAAUGUAUUAAUUUUCUGCUA